AUGGUUAUUGCACCUGGUCUCGUGGUUGCACCCGCUAUUUCAGCAGUCGGGUUUACUACAGAAGGUGUCUCUGCGGGAUCACUUGCUGCUGGGACCGUAACUGAGGACGUCGUGAGCAAUAGCGCCUUUGUGAUUUGUCAGUCAUAUGCAACUGGCGGCUUAGGCACUGCCGCCAUUCAUGGUUUUGUACGGGGGACUGGGAUUGGGGUCGGUCUUGGUUCCAUAUUUUCCAAGUGGAAACAUGAUGCCAAGCAUUGUAAAUCUGAAUCUUUAGAUAAUGCAGACGGGUCCAAGGCAGAUGGUAGUGAUCAAGAGGAUAACACUGGACAGAAUCAGGAUAAAGAAAUGAAGAAUAUGACCUCAACAGCAAUGAUAGCCACCGGAGCAGUACUGGUCAUAGCCCCCGCUGUUGCUGUAACCCCCGUGUUGGCUGGCUUAGGCUUUGGUGCCGGUGGCAUUGUCGCUGGUUCAACUGCCGCUGGUACCCAGAGUGGCAUUGGCAGUGUCAUAGCUGGUAGCGCCUUCGCCACUCUUCAGAGUGCUGGUGCUGGAGGCUUCGGCCUUGCUGUUGUCAAUGGUGUCGUUCAGGCCGCCGGAGUUGUCGUGGGUGGCAGUGGUGUUGCUGCCAAGCUUAAGGGCCAGGGUAAUGGAGACAACGACAACGGAGAUCAGGAGGAAACUGAUGGCACCCACGAGGUAGACGAUGCUGAGUAA